AUGCAAGAUCUCAACCGUGCUUUUCCUCGACCGAGGCACACUCGCGUUAUGAAGCCUCGUAGUGCAGGCAACAGUCCUUCAUCGGUAACCAGGAGACGAUCGACAGUGAAUCAAAAUGUGAUGUAUGGACUGCCCACUCAAUAUCAGUCAUCCCUGGAAGAAGCUCUCCUCGCCUCAGCCGCCCGGAACUCACGUCCGAUGAGCUGGCAUCCUUCAUCUGCAAGAACUCGGGGUCUUUCCAACCCGUAUUUCUCAGAUUUCCCUUCGGAUAGCUAUUCUAGUAUGGGAACCAUGUCUGAUCAGUACCUCAACCCGGCCAUCUACACUGAAAACAUCAUGUCAUACCCCAUGACCGCCGACCCUUCAUUCUCUCCUAACGACUACUUCCCUAUCUACUCAACCAUGCAGGAGGAUAUGCCACUUCCACAGAACACGCCGACGCUCAUGACUGGCUCGCAGGUCGACCACAUGGGAUGGGAUCUCAACUCCAUGUCUACUGAUAUGUCAACGAUGUCACACCCGGCCUCCGACAACUGGAACCUGGACAUGCUAUCAAUGGGCACCAAUAUUCCCCCACCAGAAACAACAUGUCCAAGCUAUGUCAACGUCCCUUCCCCAGGUGAACUGAGUGGCCCAUCAACACCGGACUUUCUCCCCAUUCAACAAUUCGAGGAUCCCUUCCAGCUCACCGCUGAGCUCAAGAAGACCGGAAAGGAAGAAGAACUCGUCGGCAUGGGCCUCUACAGCCAGCCCAACGGAACGCUGGCACGAGCCCCGCAGAGCAAAUUAGGCGAGGGACUCAAACUCGAAGAAACAUUCACCCCAUCCGAUGAAGACAAGGACAGCGAGACGGACGAGAUCGAGAUCAUUGAAGAGAAUGAAUUGCCCCAGCAACAAAACUACAGUGACAACGCGCCUACUAUUCGCCAGUCCCAUUUCGCACCCAAGCAGCAGCCCAGACAAGCUCUAAAUCUGCGGUCUUUCUUUUUCGACCACGAUGAUACGGAUCAGCAGCAGAUGACUGCCACACAGCCUUUUGCUGGUUUCAAUCAACCCUGCAUGAAUUAUGGGUAUGGCUGGAUCUGA